CUGUUGGCUGUCGCUCCUGUCCGUUGGAGAGUGAUCUAUCCAAUCGUGGAGGAGUGGGUCGAGCGUUCUGCUUGAUACAGUCUCGCACUAGCACUCAGAGAUCGGACCGAGCCUGUACUUACUGGAGAAGAGUAACCGCCAGCGAGAGAAAAGCGACUAACCGGGAGGAGAUCGUGGUGUUUUUUUAAAAUCACGAUAUAUCAGGAAGGCAGAUAAACACGAGUGAUUGAAUCGUGGGGGGAGACGAGGGAUUUGACCACCAAGUUUUAGGAUUGUGUUGGCUUGUUUUCUCGGUUCAGAUAUGAUGAUGGUGGGGGAGAUGGAAGUGAAGCAGGAGAGACCGAGGCCGAGUCCCGAUUAUUUGAUGCAGCUCCUCAAUGAAAAAAAGCUGAUGUCGAGUCUGCCGAAUCUCUGCGGCAUCUUCACACAUCUCGAGCGGCUGCUGGACGAAGAAAUCAACAGAGUAAGGAAAGACAUGUACAAUGACACAGCGAGCGGCCUUGUAGAGAAGCAUCCUCUGGAGCUGCCUGACCCGCUGGGACCUGUUGUACAUGUACAAGAAAAACUCUUUGUGCCUGUGAAAGAAUACCCAGACUAUAACUUUGUUGGAAGGAUUUUGGGCCCACGAGGACUCACAGCCAAGCAGCUAGAAGCAGAGACUGGAUGUAAAAUCAUGGUCCGGGGAAAGAGCUCAAUGAGGGAUAAGAAGAAGGAAGAACAGAACAGAGGCAAGCCCAACUGGGAGCAUUUGAAUGAAGAUUUGCACGUGUUGAUCACAGUGGAGGACACACAAGGCCGGGCGGAAAUGAAGAUGAGGAGAGCAGUGGAAGAAGUGAAGAAGUUGCUAGUGCCUGCGGCCGAGGGAGAAGACAACCUGAAGAAAAUGCAGUUGAUGGAACUGGCCAUCCUAAACGGCACCUACAGAGACACAAACAUCAAAACACCCACCCUUGCUUUUUCUCUUGCAGCGGCUGCCGCGGCAGCACAGGGGACCCGGCUCAUAGCCGCACCUUCAGGGCAAGUUCUCCCACCUGCAGGCUUGAGACCCCCCACACCGGGGACCCCCAUCAUGAAUAUCAUCCGGCCCAUGCAGGCGGCCGCGAUGAUGCAAAACGGGACGCCCACCUUAAUGCCCCAAUCUCCAGAUGGUGGCAUCAUUUACACCUCACCAUACGAUUAUCCGUAUACACUGGCCCCAACAUCUCUACUGGAAUACCCCAUUGAACACAGCGGGGUUCUAGGUAAGCGUCCUUGGGGCUUUGGGACAAUGAUAAACCCUGGACAGGAAGGCAGCUUUUUAUACAAUGGCUUUCUGGAGGCAGCAUCUGGGAACCCCAGUCAUGAGUUGUUAAAAGGUGCAAUGGCAACUAAAGUGCGGAGGCAUGACCCGCGGGUCCAUCCUUACCAAAGGAUUGUGACCGCAGACAGAGCCGCCACCGGCAACUAACACAUGACCUUCUGACCUCUGAAAUCUUCACCCAAUGAUGAGCUGACCAUGCCUGCCUGCUGAUCAGUUAACCGGUAAUCGCCUUUGCUUGCCUGUCUCGGACACAGCGAGCUGAGGCACUGUCCUUAUUGUAACCUAACAACAACUGCAACAACCACCCAGCAAACUGUUAUCGGAGUCUCAGCUUGUAGUCUGGUUUGGGUGAAUGUGUUAUCCCAGAAUCUGCACUGAAUAACUUAAGCAAUAAGGUGAACCCCUCUCCCCCAAUCCUUCACAGCUCUCCUUCAGUGGCCACCUCUAAAUAAAGCAAAAGGCUAACAACUGGUAAGACAAAUUCUCAUUAACUGCACUGAUAGGGGGCUGUGCUCAAACUUUCCAGCCCCUCUUCACCCCCCCCCCCCCCCCCCCUUCUCCUAAAAACACACUCACACAAACUGCAGAGUUCUAAUGUCAUUUCACAUGUAGUCCUGUCUCGAAGCUCUGAAACUUUUGUGCCGACACAUUAUGGGUGUGGCUGUCUUUAAGCAUGGCUAAAUUGACUGCAAAGAAACAUUUUCUUUCAAAAAAAAAAAAAAAAUGCAAUUCCACAAUUCUAGAAAACAAAAAGCUGCAGUAUUUUAUGUAUUGCAGCUGUAUUAGCUCCAUACAAGCAGCUAUUUGUACUCUUUUAGUAUACUAAAGUUUCCAUAAAAAGAUGAGAUAUCUAGCACUAGUAAACUAGAGUAACCAACAGACUUUCCCUCAAUAUAAAUGGCAAUAUAUUAAUAUAUGCCAGGAUUUGAGGGCGUUUUAUUAAUCUUGUGCUUAUUUAGGGUGCCAGUUGAUGCCAAAUGAAUGUCAAAGUAAGGGUGUAACAUGUGUGCCAAGGUGCACAGAGGGAGGCGGCCUCAAAGGUCUCCUCCUCUUCGCCAUUUUUUUUCUGUGCUAACUCCUAUCACAGACGAAAAUGUGUAUUUUUUUCAUGUAACUGAAGCCUGUAAACACUAAGGGACUUUUGGGAUGGGGCCCUCCACUUUAGGAGAUGCAUUUAACAUGAUUUUUGUAAUUAUUUUUUUGUGUGUGUGUUUAUUGAAGAUUUACUUGCCUUAAAGUAUAGAUGGAUUGCUGAAGUCCAGCCUAAGCCUUUUCCAUGAGCAUGGUGCAUCCACAAUGUGUCGCACAAUAUUUGCAGUUUCAGCAGAGCUCUUGUGUUGUAUGAUCUCUGUUUUCUUUUACUCUUUUGAACAAAAAAAAGGAUGUGAAAGCCAUGCUUGCCUGUUCCGAUUGCUCUAUACCUGUUCUAUAAAGUGUAGAUAAGUCCUUGCAUAGAAACUACAGAGGAUACUUUUACAGGGUGCUGGUGAAGAAAAUAUAUUUUUGGCAAUUUUAGCUUUUUAUACUUAACUUGCAGUUACAAAAUACUAAAAAAGAAAAAAAUAUGUAUACUAGAAAAAAGAUUAAGUGAUAAUGGAUAGUAGUGGCUGGGAAAAGAACGACCAAAAUAGCAUAUCUAGGAAUGUUGCGAGAAACAUAGAGGAGAAAUUUAAGUGCCUUAUCAACAGGUUUUUUUUUAUUAUGAAUAUUAUUUUCUAAGUAUUAACAUUAUUAAAUUCAGUCCAGUGCACGCCAACCAGAAAGACUGGACAGAAACUUCUUGAUUCUUAACAAGGAUGGUCUGGAGUUGAUACGUAGCUACAAGAUCCUUGUCGACUGUAGCCGUUCAAAUUAUCCUAUGCAAGUAGCUGUUACUCGACCAGCUAAAUGUGUGUGCCAUAAUUUGUCUUCCUCAGUUUAGUUUAGUUUUUUUUUUCCUUAAUCCCUGUCUGCCAUUUGAACAAAAAGAAUACUUCUUCAUACAUACAACGAACAAAAACAAACUGCCACUUGCAAUGCAAAGAUGUGCUGGGCUGACUUUUUAUAAAGAGGGUGAUGGAUUAAGCACUUGCUGUGUAACCACUUGUUUGAAUAACUGAAACCCUGAUCAGAACCCCCAGCUUCCACUCCUUGCUGGCCUGUCCAUCAUCAUAGACCAGUUAGUGGGAUACACUAUUGGUCUGGCAUCUGGUGGUUGUUUUCAGUUAAACUAAAUGGUCUGGUCAUAUUAAUACAAUAAUGAUGGCAAUCUGAUCUUUUGGGUGACCAUUUCAGAUUAAGAGGGUAGUAAAUGGGAUUUUAGAGUAAUGAGGAGACAUGUUUUGAGUCGUUCUCCCUCGUUAUUCAGUAAACAGCGUCGCAGUCUUCAAGGAAUAUGGGUUUCAGUUAUUCAGAGGAGCGGGAUUAAUUGGCUCCAGAGAACAAAACCAGUUAUAAUCAAUUUCUUUUUAAUUUUUUUUUUUGUUGUUGUUCUGGUUAAGAUUUUUCUACAUGGUGUUCUAAAAGGUCAACGUUUUGUUUUUCAGUGUUAAUUUUUUUAAUGCAAUAUUAAAAUGGAAGAGGGAGUCAGCAGUUCAGUAUUUGACAGUAUUACGUACUCCCUCAGCAAUGUUACAAAGCUGUUUGUGGUGGUUGGUAAAUCACGAGUACAGAUAUUGUACCAUAUUCAGUCUAUGGCCUGCCAAUAUGUAUAAUAAUGUAAUUACAGCCAUUGUUACAGGUUUAUAAUGUAUUUUUCUAGCUUUAUUUUAUAUGUAUAUUCUAAAACAUUUCUGACUUUCUUUAUUUCUGAUGGAACCCCUUGCAAGAUUUUUUAAUAGCCCCUCCCCAUUGCAGCUUUUCUCCUGGCCUGUCAUUUGGGAGUAUUGCCUUUCCUAGAUUUCCAAUUACUAGCUUGUUAACUCAUUAGCCACUUUAUUAGUUCUCUUUGUUACAAGUAUUUUUUACAUGCUUGCAUUUAGUUUCAUGGUGUUUUGCUGUUUUUUUUGUUUUUUUUCUUAUUAACAUCCUGGCAUUUAUUUUAAUAAACAUUCUAGUAAGAAUUUUA